AGAGUGAAUGGGCUGUUCCAGCUCCCGAGUUCACUGCUGCUCAACCUGAGGUCCCAGACUGGUCUGAAGGCAUGUAGGUGCCCUCUGCCUAUUCAGCAGUUUCCUACUGAAGAUGAGCGCUCAGCUUGCCACUGAAGGCUGGUCUGCAGCCACCACUGCUCAGGCCACUGAAUGGAUGGCAGGAUUUCUAUAGUAUAUCUAGUAUGAGUUCCACAUCUUGGCCUCUUAUCCAACUUCAGCAGUCUCAUCUCCACCAUCUGGAGAAUAAAUGGGAUAUUUGCAUGAAUUCCAGACUCUGAACUGAAAUAGACUGCAGUGUUCAUAUUCUUUUCUUGUUAUUAUUAACAGCUCCUCAGAAAAUUAAAUGUCGGCAGAAGACCGAGAAGCCCAGGAGGAUGAAUUGCUGGCCCUGGCGAGUAUUUAUGAUGGAGAUGAAUUUAGAAAAGCAGAUUUGGACUUGCCACAAAAUUUCAAGAUAUUUGUGAGCGGCAAUUCAAAUGAGUGUCUCCAGAAUAGUGGCUUUGAAUACACCAUUUGCUUUCUGCCUCCACUUGUGCUGAACUUUGAACUGCCACCAGAUUAUCCAUCCUCCUCCCCACCUUCAUUCACACUUAGUGGCAAAUGGCUGUCACCAACUCAGCUGUCUGCUCUCUGCAAGCACUUAGACAACUUGUGGGAAGAACACCGUGGCAAUGUGGUCCUGUUUGCCUGGAUGCAGUUUCUUAAGGAAGAGACCCUAGGGUACCUGAAUAUUGUCUCUCCUUUCGAGCUCAAGAUCGGUUCUCAGAAAAAAUUGCAGAGAAGGACGGCUCAAGCCUCUGCCAACACAGAGCUAGAUUGUAGAGGAGCAGCUGGAUCUGCUGUAGACCAAGAGGAAGUUGUGGAUGAGAGAGCCGUGCAGGAUGUGGAAUCGUUGUCCAGUCUGAUCCAGGAAAUCUUGGACUUUGAUCAAGCUCAGCAGAUAAAAUGCUUUAAUAGUAAAUUGUUCCUGUGCAAUAUCUGUUUCUGUGAGAAGCUGGGUAGUGAAUGCAUGCACUUCUUGGAGUGCAGACAUGUGUACUGCAAAGCCUGUCUGAAGGACUACUUUGAAAUCCAGAUCAAAGAUGGCCAAGUUAAAUGCCUCAACUGCCCAGAACCCAAGUGCCCUUCAGUGGCUACUCCUGGUCAGGUCAAAGAGCUAGUAGAAGCAGAGUUAUUUGCCCGUUACGAUCGGCUGCUUCUCCAGUCCACCUUGGACCUGAUGGCAGAUGUGGUGUACUGCCCCCGCCCAUGCUGCCAGCUGCCUGUGAUGCAGGAGCCUGGCUGCACCAUGGGCAUCUGCUCCAGCUGCAAUUUUGCCUUCUGUACCUUAUGCAGAUUGACCUACCAUGGCGUCUCUCCGUGUAAGCUCACGGCAGAGAAAUUAAUAGACUUACAAAAUGAGUACCUGCAAGCAGAUGAGGACAAUAAAAGAUUUCUGGAACAGAGGUAUGGUAAGAGGGUGAUUCAGAAGGCACUGGAAGAAAUGGAAAGUAAAGAGUGGCUAGAAAAGAACUCAAAGAACUGCCCAAAUUGUGGGACUCCCAUAGAGAAAUUAGAUGGAUGUAACAAGAUGACAUGUACUGGUUGUAUGCAAUAUUUCUGCUGGAUUUGCAUGGGUUCUCUCUCUAGAGCAAACCCUUAUAAACAUUUCACUGAUCCUGCUUCCCUGUGUUUUAACCGGUUGUUCUAUGCUGUGGAUGUUGAUGAAGAUAUUUGGGAAGAUGAGAUUGAAGAAGACUAGUUCAUUCCUACUGCUCAAGACGUGGAAGUGAAAUGGUUUGCCCUAAUCUUUUGCUGAGUAUACAAAGUAACUCAGGAUAUUUGCAGGAUAUUUAGGGUUACCAUUCAUUCACGCUUCCAGUGUAGAAGAUGAGGAGAACGAGGUUUACAUUUUCAUGUGGCACUACUGACUAAGGCACAUUCAUACAUUUUUCAGUGUAACAUAAUUGAGAAAAUUAUAAGCCAAAGGUUCAGAAAAUGAAAACUAAGGAAUAUUAAAUAUUACUAUGUUCCCAAAACUCUGAAUAGUUAAAAAUUUAAAUAUUUAUUUUCUUCCCCAAGCUUUAGGUAAGGAGAAGGGGUCAAGAGUUCAACUUACAGACCUUGUUAUCUCUGAGAAGCAUCCCUUUAAACUUCUGAGGGAGUCUCCUUACGGCUGGGGUGGUUAGAAGCCUUAUUAAAAUUGUACCAAGAGCCUGAUCUUACUCCAUGUUACAUUCCUUCCAACCUAAAUUUCUGCUGAGUUCUUUUUGGAGGGAGCCCUUUAUAGCUGAUUGGAUGGCCCAGUGCCAUUUUGAUCUACUGCUUUUCAGAAUAGAAAUUUAUAAUUUAAAAAAUAUUCUAUAAUACCACAAAUAAUGUGGGUCACCUGAUACUGCUUUUCAGAAUAGAAGUUUAUAAUUUAAAAAAUAUUCUAUAAUACCACAAAUAAUGUGGGUCACCUGAUACUGCUUUUCAGAAUAGAAAUUAAUAAUUUAAAAAAUAUUCUUUAAUACCACAAACAAUGUGGGUCACAGAUAUAGCAGGUGGUAUAUAGUUCACUGAUGCUGAGCCAAGUCUGUUAUUUAAUGACACUGGCUCAGAAGAAUUUCAGCGCUGUUCAGCUUUCCUGAGCAGUAGAGCCUAGAUUCAAAACAACUUGUCUUUGCCACCUUUCAUUCUACAUUCUCUCUUUUACCCUCACCCAGCCUUCUGUUGGUAAGGACAAUUUUAAUAUCAACUCCAUCAGCUCAUAUUUUUAUUUCUGUUGCUGGAAUAAGAGGAAGCUUAAUAUAUUCAUUCCCAAGCUGAACAAGCUGAGCUUCCAAUUUUGUGCUUUUUGAACUCCACACUACUGUGGUUCAGUCCUAACUUUCUAAAUUCUUUCUAUAGGUCUUCUCUAAUGUGCUUUGGGAGUUUGUUUUCCCACCUGUUUUUUGCAACAGCACCGUUUUGGAGGAUAAUUUUGGCUUGCCUAGAUCCCUAUUUCAGGGUUUUGUUGGCUUUUUGAAAAAUUGUCUUUCCUUUUGGUUUGGUGAGUGGUUUGGUAACAAAAUAAGAUUUUUUUGAAAAGGGCAGAAUUCAGCUGCAGCUAUGAAAAUGUUUUUUCCUACCUUGUCACUGAAAAUUGGGGAAUCAUUUUUAACCAUUUUAUGUGUGUGUAUCCAAAGAGUCAGCAGUGACUAUUUCUGGAUUGUCAAUGAGGAUGCUUAAUCUUAAAAAUAAAAAUAACUUAAAAAUUGUCUUAUAAUUA